AUGGAAAAAUUUCAUGCAUUGGUAAAAGAAAAAAUUCAACAAAAUUUUUGCGAGCCGAUUAAUCGCGCAGAUGCACGCCCUACACAAGAAGUACAAGAUGGAAGUAUUACUACCGAAGUUGAAGUGUUGGCUACUUCUGAUCAAAAUUGUAUAUUAAUUCCUUCAUAUGCUUGUCGAACAAAAAAUGAGCAAGGAAAAGAGGUAUGGAAAGUUCAUGUACGAGGCUGGGCUUAUAUCUCAAAAACUCAAAGUCGUAAGCAAAAAAUAAUGAUGGGAGUUGCACGUCGAGUAGCUGGUGUGAACAAUGAUGAAGAGAAAAGUAAAACACUUGAAGAUAGAGUCAGCAUGUUUUUGGCAAAAAACCUUCGAAAUCAAGAUUACAUAGUUCAGAUAAACGGCCUUGCUCAUCCAUCACAUAUGGAACUAGAUCGUGUCCCUGAUGAUAACAGUACUAUAUUACCGAUUAACGGAUUAUAUUCCACUAAAGUUACAAGUGGCACCGGUCAUUUUUCAGGCGAAAUUCAGAUUCUAGUUGAUACUGUCGAUCAGUGGAUUGCUAACGCAAAAGAAGAUAAUCCUGCAAGAUGGCUGAAAUUAUCUGCAUUUCCAGAGAGAGAGAAAGAAACAUAUGCGGACAAAUCUUAUGGUUUCGCAAACUUAAUUGGUGUUAAUGGCAUAUCUAUUAUAUCUGAUAUCGAUGAUACUAUUAAACACACGGACAUAAGCAGUGGUCCACGUGCUGCUCUUUCUAGUACCUUUCUGUAUGAUCAAAAAGAGGUUUCUGGCAUGGCAAAUGUUUAUCAAGAAUGGUAUAAGCAAGGCGCGUCGAUACACUAUGUGUCAAAUUCACCUUGGCAAUUAUUUCCCAUGCUUAACCAAUUUUUUCGUAAUAAAAACUUUCCUCCCGGCUCGGCACAUCUGAAACUAUAUAAUGAUCUUAAGAGCCUAAUUGACUCUGGUAAUACAAAACGCAAAUAUAUUAGAGAUAUUUUUAGGGACUUUCCUCAUAGAAAAUUUAUUCUUAUUGGUGAUAGUGGUGAAUUGGACAUGGAAAUUUAUUCCGACAUAGCGGAUGAAUUUCCUAGUCAAAUUUUAUACGUCUUUAUUCGUGAUGUAUCCACUGAACGUAUCAAAACCCAUCCACCACCUCCGAGACGAUCAAAAUCUUUUCCAUUUGUUCAGAGGAGUUCACCUUUACCAUCCAAAUCUGCAAAGACGAUGCCGGUUUUAGAUGAUACUAACGUAGUUAAUUUUGAUGAUAAUUCUGGCGAUAAUUCUAGUGAUAAAAUAUCGUCUUCGCCAUCUGAAUCUGAUGAAUCAUCACCAACAACUCCAUUAACACCACUCACUCCAACUAUACCGAGCAUCGAUCCUCUUCAAGAAUUUAAUAAUCGUGUCGAUAAAUGUCGUCAAAAGAUUCCUAAUCGUGCCUUUGUUCUGUUUACAGAAAGUCAAGAUUUAAUAGAUAAUGAAAUUAUUAAGAAUGAGUUUCUCAAAUUACGGAAAUGA